GAAAAAGAGAAGUAAUAGAGCAGUCUGUUUACUAGUCAUAUAACAAGAAUCGAGAAUAGUGCUGUGACUAAAUAUUUUUAAUUGGAAAAUAAUGGAAAAGAAUUGUGAAAAAGUACCUCCAGAGGGAGGAUGGGGAUAUUUAAUCACGCUAGCUGUCUUUAUUGCUCACUUCACUACUGCGGUGCCGCUUGCAUCGUUUGGUAUUAUUCACGGACAAUUUUUAGCAUCUCUAGGAGAUGAAACGGCAGCAACUUCUAUUUCUACAUCUCUAUUUGUAGCUGUUACAUGUUGUUCAGGUUUAUUUGGUGGUAUAUUGUUUAACAAAUAUAGUUAUCGUACUGUUGGAUUACUUGGAGCUGUCUGCCAUUUAGCUGGAUCAAUAUUAUUAUUCUUUGCUAAUACUUUAUUUCAAUUUAUAAUUUGCGUAUCUGUUAUACAGGGUUUGGCCGGUGGUUUUCUAUUACCUUCAGCUUUUUCGUCACUGAACGAUUAUUUCCAUAAAAAAUUAAGUUUACAGACAGCGAUAGCCCAGUUACUAAUAACCGUAGCCACUGUUGUAAAUCCUCUCGCAAUGGAAUAUUGUGUUCAGUCAUACGGAUAUAAAACGACAAAAAUCGUAUUGAUUGGAUGCAGUUGUUUAAAUUUUUUUGCCAUGUGGUCGCUUCAUCCUGUAGAAUGGCAUACGGCAGCUAAAAAAGAAAAAGUUACCAGUGACCAUAAAAAUAUUACAAGCCAUGCAGAAAAAGGAGCUCUAUUGGGAGGUGAAAAAGAAAUCGAUCAAGCAAAACUCGACAAAGAACGACAAAUUGAAGAGUCAACAUCCACAUAUAUGUCCUACUUUGAUUUGCUAAAAAGUGCAAAAUACCUUAAUAUAGCGAUCGGAAUCAGCCUGACUUUUCACGGCGACAAUCUCUUUGUCGGAAUGCUGGCGUCGGUUUUGCGUAGCAUAAAUUAUUCCUCAGUAGAUAUUGCCAAAUUAACAAUGGUGCAUUUUGGAUGUGAUCUGGUUAGCAGAACUAUCUAUGCAAUUUUGAGUGCCUUUUACUCGUUUAACAAUAGAUAUUUGGUGUAUGGAUCGACGCUACUCACAGCUAUUUUUAGAAUUUUAUUCAUUAUUAAUGAUGAUUACGCAUGGCGAAUGGGAAUCUUAGUUAUACUUGGAAUCCUACGAACGUUUAUACAAACGCCUUACUCUUUAGUUAUUGCAGAGGCAUAUCGAGAUAAUUUUUCAAGAGCCUUUACACUGUUUUCCGUCCUCAGUGGACUAACCAGCUUGCUAUUGGGACCGUUAAUGAAUCUUCUCAAAGGUUUGACCAACAAUGACAAUAUAGCAGUACAGGUUCUUACCGGAGGAAUGUUAAUAAGUGUGUUGAUGUGGACAGUUGAAUUUGUGUAUAUCAAAUUGAGCAAGAAUAACAAUGCAAUCCAGAUAAAAAGUUGAAGCAAAGCGUACAUUUGAGGACAAAUAUAUUGUCCAUCAUAAAAUAUUUAUAAUUUUAGAAUUGUCCAAUAGUAAUUUUAGUCUUAGUAAUUUUAAUAUAAUGUUAUAUUUUUACAAUGAUUUUAUUGUUAUUUUUUUUAUUAAAGUUUUAUUUGUUA